AUGUCAACAUUUAGAAUUUAUCAUCCAUACCCAAAUGUUAUUCCAUAUGAAUUAACACCAAUCAUGUCGACAGAGGACUACAAACAAUUCAAGUCACUAUACAAUGUAUACAAUAGAAAACAAGUUAAACGUAAUUUCAUAGCUGCUGCCGUAUUCUUUGUGAUCAUGUUGGCUUGCAUCGGUCUCAUUGUAAAGGGUUGUAUACCAAUCGAUGGACAGGAAAAUGAAUAUGCAAAGAUUUAUAUCAUGGGUUCAAUUGGUAUUCUGGUAGUAGAUUCUUCUUUAUUUUUAGCUGCACUUCUUGUUAUUGGUAGAAAGGUUCGAAAUGCACUUACCUGUAGACUCAAUGGACAUUUUGCACAAAGAGGUCUUACAUUUAAUAUUGUUGCAAGACUUGGUCAUAAAGACCACCAUACUUCACAACAAUUUGUUGAGAUUACCACUUCUACUGCCAUCGUAGCUCCACCUCCCUUUGUCAUUCCAAUGCCACUUCAACAACAACAACAACCACCAGUACAAUAUUUCCAAGGUCAACCACAACAACAAUAUAUGCAAUACCAACAACCAAUGUACAAUCCAAAUUAUCAACAACAACAACAACAACAACAACCACCAGUACAAUAUUAUAACAACAACAAUGUUCCAGUUCAACAAACUGCAGGUAAAAUAAGUACAAAGGGAAUGCCUGAAGAGUCUGAUAAAACUCCUCUUGUAAAUACUAAAAAAUAA